CCGAGCGAGCUUGAUAGUAAACGGUCGACGCGCGCGUGGUGGCGGUUGUCGCGCUGAUAAUAAGUACCGGAGCCGCGGCCAUGAAAUAGCAGCGGAGAAUCUAGGAAUUGCCGUGAAACUCGACACGCCACUGUGCAUGCGGCCACGCACUAUCGUCAGUCAUGGACAGCACGGCGUACAGUCCGGGUGGGCUGGCAAGAUUGUCGGCGUUGGUGGGUGCACCGGAGGCCGCGCUGCGUCUCCUCGUCUCUAUUUUGCUAGGGUUUCCUGUUGCUCUUCUUCAUAGAUAUACGCUGUACGGCAAAGAUCCUAUUCGUCAGCACUUAUUUUUCAUAGCAUGCGGUCUGUCAAUUGGUUAUUGGAAUUACGAUUGUAACAUACUUCAUUCAUCAACGGCGGUAUGUGCCACGUAUCUAAUUUUGACAAUUCUCGGCAGUACCGGGCUAUCCGUCAUCGUGACGUUUCUCUUCAACAUGAUGUAUCUACUUUAUGGCUAUUACACUACCAGUACCCAAGAGUACGAUAUAAAAUGGACAAUGCCGCAAUGCGUGUUGACCCUUAGGUUAAUAGGACUUGCAUUUAAUUUAUGGGAUGGUCAAAAACGUGACGCGGAACUGUCUGAUAGCCAGAAGCAGGUAACCUUGAAGGAACGACCGUCGCUGCUAGAGAUUGCGGCGUAUGCUUACUUUCCCGGCGCAUUUCUAAUAGGGCCACAGUUCAGCAUGCGACGUUAUUUGGAUUACGUCAAUGGUCGGCUGGCAGAACGUGAUCCUCAAACUGGCGCCAUCAAGCUACCAGAUUGCGUGUCGGUGGGAUUGUCGCGCGCUUUUAUUGGAUUCAUAUAUGUGGCGGUGUUUCAGAUCGGAACACUUUACGUCUCCGAUCAAUAUCUCUUUGAACCGUCAUUCCAGAAACUAAAUUUAAUAAAGAAGUGCUUGCUCAUAGGCCUGUGGGGCCGGAUCAAUCUCUACAAAUAUGUUAGCGUCUGGCUGAUUACCGAAGGGGUGUGUAUUACCUUCGGUCUGACGCACAAUGGAAAAGACUCGGAGGGUCGUAUUAAAUGGGACGGCUGUGCGAAUGUUAAAUUGCGAACAUUCGAAACUUCCACGCAGUUCAAUCAUUACAUUCUCUCUUUUAACAUAAACACUAAUCACUGGUGCGCCGAGUACAUCUACAAAAGAUUGAAGUUUCUCGGCUCAAAAAUAUACAGCCAAAUAAUGACGCUACUCUUCCUUGCUCUCUGGCACGGUUUUCACUCCGGUUACUAUCACUCUUUCUUCAUGGAAUUUAUUAUAAUGUACUUCGAACGAGAUAUUGGACCAGCGCUACAGAACAGCGAGAAAGUGCAAACGUUAUUAAAAACACGAUGGGAAGCGCGUCUACUCGCUUGGAUCUUUCUGAAGCUUUACAGCUUUGUUUUCAUGGGAUACGCCCUCAUAUCGUUCGUAUUCCUCUCGUAUCCACGAUAUAAUCAAGUUUACGGCAGUGUAUAUUAUUGCGGACAUGUGCUCUUCCUAUUCUACCUGUUCCUUGCACCGUACAUUAAACGGAUGAUUGGCCAGAAACACAACCGUCAGCGAUCGCACCAAGAAUAAGGUGAUACAAUCUCUUUUACUGUAAUAUUAUCGGUACGUUGCCCUCGUAUUUGUUUGCUGCAAAUCGAUAUCUAAGAAGACGUACAGCUGUGAUGUGACGCAACGGAUGACGAUUUUUGUGUAGUUACACUAUCACUAGUCUUCAGCGUUUUAAAGAGAUUGUGAUAGCGCGUAUCCCAGUGAAGAUAAAAGACAAAGAAAAAUAUUAUCAUCAUUGCUGCGUUUCAUGGUAUAAUUGAAUAUUGUUUAAAAUAUAAUCAAUUUCUACCUUUUAAGCAUCUUAUAAAGACGAAAUCUUAAUGAAAAGUUUCUUUGCAAAAUUCGUUGUUUAAACGAAAUGGUGAAGGAUAUUGCAAUAUCCUGCUUAGAAGGAUAAUACUAUUAGAAAUAUUUGAUUUAUAAAUUAAUGUAUUAUUUAGAAAAAAAAUUUCAUUAAUUUUG